AUGUCUCGAUUUUUCAAAGGUAGUUCUGAUAGUGAAUCAGAGGACGAUGAAAUUACUUCUUCAGAUGAAGAAGAAUUAGAUGUGGAAACCCAUGAAGUUCCUUCUGGAGCUCGAAGAAGAUUUCUUAAGGGUGCUGGUGGUAUAGAAUCUGAUGAAUCCGAUGAAGACGACACAAAACGUGAAGUCAGAUCAGCUAAGGAUAAAAGGAUAUUAGCAUUAGAAAUUUCUGCAAAAACUAUUGAAAAUGCACAAAAGAUCAAUGAUUGGGUUGCUAUUCAAAAUGAAUUUGAUAAAUUGAAUAAGAUAUUGACCAAAGGAUCUAUUGGGUCAAUUGCUGUGCCACGAUUUUAUAUAAAAACUGUUGCAAUGCUUGAAGAUUUUCUUAAUGAAUCUUUAAUAAAGGAAAAAGAAUCAAAGAAAAAAAUGAAUGCAAUGAAUGCUAGAGCAUUAAAUACAAUGAAACAAAAGAUCAAAAAGAAUAAUCGAUUAUAUGAAGUAGAAAUAGAAAAAUGGCGAUUGAAUCCAGAAGAGAACGACGAAGAGACUCCAACCGAGGUUGUUAAAAAGAAAAAGGUGGACCUUGAUGAUUUUGAUGAGACAUUGGCAGAUGAAGAGUUUGAAAAAGAAGAUGCAGAAGGAGAUUUUAUUACUGUUAGUAAAUAUAAUAAGCCGAUAGAAUAUACUUCUGAAAAUUUAUUUAAAAAAUUAAGAGAAGUGAUGGAAGCAAGAGGAAAAAAGAAUACGGAUCGUUUAGAACAAAUAAAAAUUCUUCAAAAAUUACUAGAAGUUGCGAUAACACCAUAUCAACAAAUUCGAGUUUUACUUGCUUUAAUACCAGCCCAAUUUGAUUAUAAUCCAAGUAUGAGUAAUUAUAUGAAUGUUGAUAUGUGGAAAAGUACUCUAAAGGAAAUUAAUCAACUUUUAAUGAUUCUUGAAACAAACCCAAAGUAUAUAAUUCACGAAAGUGCUGAAGAGGAAUUAUUAGAUAAAGAACCGAUAAUUGAAGUUGAUCAAACUCCAUUUGCGAUACGAGGAUCGUUUGUUUCAUUCAUCGAUCGAUUAGAUGAUGAAUUCACAAAAUCUUUACAAAAUAUUGAUCCACACACAACUGAUUAUGUGGAUAGAUUAAAAGAUGAGACUGAAUUAUAUGCUACAAUUGUUAGAGGUCAAAUCUAUUUUGAAAAGAAUCUGUUGAACGAGAGUACAAGUAGGGUUGUCAUGAGAAGAUUAGAACAUUUGUACUAUAAGCCCGAUCAAGUUAUACAAACAGUUGAAAAUUCUGUUAAACAAAUAUUUCCGGAAAGUUCAAAAUCUACUAUAACGCCUGCAUCCUCGGAGGUUGAUUCCACAGAAUUGAUUCAUUCUCUUUGCGUUUAUUUAUAUAAGAAAGGAGAAUCUCUUCACCGUACUCGUGCAAUGCUUUGUCAUAUUUAUCAUCAUGCAUUACACAAUCGUUUUUAUGUUGCUAGAGACAUGCUCCUGAUGUCUCAUUUGCAAGAUAAUAUUCAUCAAAGUGAUGUGGGAACUCAAAUUUUACAUAAUCGUACCAUGGUACAAGUUGGUCUUUGUGCAUUUCGAGAUGGAAUGAUUAAAGAAGCACAAAGUUGUUUACAAGAUAUUUGCGGUACGGGUCGAGUUAAAGAGUUAUUAGCCCAGGGUUUACAAUUACAAAAAUACGCACAACAUCCACCCGAGCAGGAAAAAUUGGAUCGUCAACGUCAAUUACCAUUUCACAUGCAUAUCAAUUUGGAAUUGUUGGAAUGUGCUUAUUUGACUUGUUCGAUGCUUUUAGAAAUCCCAAGUAUGGCAGCAGCAGGUUCUAAUCCCGAAGCUCGUAAGAAAAUAAUUUCUAAGCCAUUUAGGAGAAUGUUAGAUUUUAAUGAAAGACAAGUCUUUAGUGGCCCACCGGAAAAUACUAGAGAUCAUAUUAUGGGAGCGGCCAAAGCGCUGGCCGCAGGGGAAUGGCAAAGAUGUCAAGAACUUAUCAGUGCCAUUAAAAUUUGGGAUUUAAUGCCAAAUACCCAAAAUAUAAAGGAUAUGUUAAAUCGAAAGAUUCAGGAAGAAGGUCUACGCACUUAUCUUUUCACAUAUUCCUCUCAUUACGUUACGUUAGGACUUGAUCAAUUAGCAAACAUGUUCUCAUUACCAGUGAAUUCAGUUACAUCCAUUAUUUCAAAAAUGAUUUGGAAUGAAGAAUUGGCGGCAUCAUUGGAUCAAGUAGAUAAUAAUGUUGUAUUGCAUCGCGUAGAACCUACUAAAGUACAACAAUUGGCUUUAUCGUUUGCUGAAAAAGCUGCAUCAUUUGUUGAAGCGAACGAGAGAACUUUGGAACAAAAACAGACAUCAGGACAAAAUCAAAGAGAUCAGCAAAGACAAAAAGGUCAAUCUAAUCAACAACAUCAAAACACCGAGAAGAGAACUACUCAUCAUCAAAAGAAUAAUCAGCAACGAGUUCGAAAUAAUUUCAAUAAUGUAUUGGGUAAUAGUGUAAAAGGCAGAACACAACAAAAUCGUUAUCGAGCUUAA